AUGGUUAUUAGAGCUAUUGAUGCUUGUCAUCCCGGUUCUACCCAUGACUCAUUUAUAUGGAGCAUGAGCAAUGCAAGACAGUUAGUCAUGACGAAGUAUCGAGAUGGUGAUCACAAUUCGUGGCUAUUGGGCGAUGCCGGGUAUGCUCUGGAACCUUUUCUAUUAACACCAUAUAGAAAACCAGAACCACGGUCUAUACAACACGCGUUUAACAAAACACAUUCUUCGGCACAUAAUAUAGUUGAACGAACAAUUGGGGUUCUUAAAACUCGUUUUCGUUGUUUAUUAAGAACCUUGCAGUACAAACCACAAAAGGUUGUGAAAAUAAUUAAUGUAUGUGUUGCCUUGCAUAAUAUUUGUCGCCACUAUAAUCUUGAAUAUGACUAUGAUGAACCUGAAGAAAACGCCAGCGAAGUAGAUAGUGAAGUAGAUAGAUCUGUACUAACAGGCAUUAACUUGCAAAGUGAAGCACAAAGAAUUAGAGACGAAAUUGCUAAUAAUAUUAUAUGA